AUACUACCUUGAGAUUGGACAUAAAGUUGACAACUGAAUCUAAGAAGCGCGUGCCGUAUCAUAAGCUGAAGUUGUUUUUCUAGUUUGAAAAUUCAUACAAAUAAGACAACGAUGAAGGGGACAAUUAGAACAUUCAUUCUCUUGUAUUGGAUAUGCUGUGCUUUUUCACUACCAUUGCAUAAACUGAUCAAACGAAAUGUUGCGCAAACGAAGAGAAAUGUUGACCCUGAAAUCUUGAUCGACCUUCUAGCAGACCUAAUAUUUGAAAGUACUGCCCGAGGUCGGGAGACAAUAACUCCAAGUGAUAUUACUGAGUACUAUUCGAGAGAAUUCGGUUAUGACGACUAUAGAGCCUCUCAGAUCAGCCUCAGGUACAUGGGGUGGGGAGAUACGAAUCACGAUGGAGUACUCACAAAAGAAGAACUAAAAAUAGCGCUUCGGAGGCAUGACAAUGAUUUUUAAGAAUCAAAGCUCCACCUAACCAUCCCCUUUGGUUUUGAUUGUGUUCAUUUCUGUUGGUGAUGUCCCCGUUACGUCAAUUUUCAGUCCUCGUAACGUAAAUCUCGUCAUCGUGUUCACGCUACGUCCGUAAGGCUCUUCUCUUUGUUUCGCAUCACAAUCUGGAUGGUUGUUUGAUCUGCAGUGCGGACAUAUCUUUUGUUAGAUGAGUCGGGAAAUUGUGAGAAGCGUGCAUCCAAGUCGUCAUUUGCGGCAAAUGUUGUCUAUUGUGGAACUACCACCAUGCAGUUAUACAUGCACGUUGUUUGUUGACUGCAACAACAUAUCAAACCAUAUAUUUGUUUAUCUGUUAACGUGUUCUAUAUCUAUGUAUUACUUAUUUAACGUUAAUUUUUUUAUUAUUGGUAAAAAAAACACAUAGAUUGUUGUUUUAUUAUGAUUUUUUGUUUUAUUUUUUCCACUUGUUUGUGAGCAAGUAGACUCGACUGUUUUCAGUUUAGAUUUUAAUUCCAGUUCUUCGUUAUUUUGUACUAGUAGAACCAUAUAACUUCUUGUUAUGUUGUUAUAUAUUAUAUUUGACAAAUCGUCUUCAUUGGACGAUGAAAAAUGAAUAUUUUGCUUGCCACAUGAUCAUUGUUUUCGCAGGCUCAUUAAUUUAUUUCUUACCAUCGGACGUUACCUGUGUCCUUUCAUGUCACCAAGAUACACCUGUAUUUAUCACGUUCAUUUCGCUAAGGAGGUUGUGGUUUUGUUUGUGAGACAUUCUUCACAUGCUCAAAGUAUCCAUGUUUUCAUAUAUCUAAAUAUAUAUUUUUUCACAGUAUUUUCUUUUGCUUUUAUAAAAGAUUCCAAUAAAUAUGUAUAAAACAAA